AUGGCCGACUUUGUCAAGCUCUCCAUUUUUGGUACCGUCUUUGAGGUCACCACCCGAUAUGUCGACUUGCAGCCCGUCGGCAUGGGCGCUUUCGGUCUGGUCUGCUCCGCAAACGACCAGCUCACAAGCACCUCGGUUGCCAUCAAGAAGAUCAUGAAACCUUUUUCCACUCCCGUUCUCUCCAAGCGUACCUACCGAGAGCUCAAGCUGCUCAAACACAUUCGUCACGAAAACAUUAUCAGCCUCAGCGACAUUUUCAUCUCGCCUCUUGAGGAUAUUUACUUUGUCACCGAGCUCCUCGGCACUGAUCUCCACCGACUGCUCACCAGCCGUCCACUCGAGAAGCAAUUCAUUCAGUACUUCUUGUACCAGAUCCUCCGAGGUCUCAAGUACGUUCACUCGGCCGGUGUCGUCCACCGUGACUUGAAGCCAAGCAACAUUCUCGUCAACGAGAACUGCGAUCUGAAGAUCUGCGACUUUGGUCUUGCCCGUAUCCAGGACCCCCAGAUGACCGGUUACGUCAGCACAAGAUAUUACCGUGCCCCCGAAAUCAUGCUCACCUGGCAAAAGUACGAUGUGGCUGUCGAUGUUUGGAGUGCAGGUUGCAUUUUUGCAGAGAUGCUUGAAGGCAAGCCGCUCUUCCCAGGAAAGGACCACGUCAACCAAUUCUCCAUUAUCACCGAGCUGCUCGGCACCCCACCAGACGAAGUCAUCAAGACCAUCUGUUCGGAAAAUACGCUUCGAUUCGUCCAGUCGCUGCCCAAGCGAGAGCGUGUUCCUUUCUCACAAAAGUUCAAGAACGCCGACCCGAUGGCGUUGGAUCUCCUCGAAAAAAUGCUCGUCUUUGACCCCAGGACACGGAUCAGCGCCGCCGAAGCGCUCGCACAUCCCUACCUCGCUCCUUACCACGACCCUACCGACGAACCAGAGGCUGAGGAGGCUUUUGACUGGUCCUUCAACGAUGCCGACCUACCUGUCGACACAUGGAAGGUCAUGAUGUACUCUGAAAUCCUCGACUUCCACAACAUUGACAAUUCGGGUCAAGACGAGGGUCCCGUGCCGCCCGUCAACAAUUAA